AUGGCGAAAGACAGAGAUGGUGAAGGCGCGUACAGUUGGAGUAGCCAUGGACUGCUCAGCGACGAGCAAAUCAGCCCUCCGAUGGGCGCUGGACAAUCUGAUCGGAUCCGGCGAUACCAUCAUAGUCAUCCACGUUCUCUCCCCAAAAUCCGAUCCCACGAACAAGCUGCUGUUCGAGGGACACCGGAUCACGGGCUUGGGAAUCAUCAAAAGUUUAGUUAA